AACGGAUCCUCUUCCCCAAACAACGGACCGGAGCCCGCAAGGUCCCAAUUGACGGAAAAUUCGCGCAAGAUUCUGGGUUUUUCCUGCUCGUGAUCGGCGCCUGCCCCUGAAUGGUUACCCUCGUUUCCCAAUCAAUGCUCUCGAAAGCAAUGAACCCCAACCAUAUGGAGUUAUGGUGUUGCGUGGACAGCAGGGCGAGCCCCGUAGCAGUGGAAAGUUGAACGAAGAAUAGCGGCAGCCUAUCGUUAGGAACUUUGGAUCGAGGAAUGGCACGAUAUGAAAACGAUUCGUCGCGAUAGGAUCCCGGUUUCAAGAUUCAAGGUCGCAUCCGAAAAUUCUCCAUUAAGCCGGCCGACGAUAGUACGGGAUUGACCUCCGUGGGCUUAUUGCCAUCUGUGGCUUGCCCGGGCUUCCCGCCCUUGAAGGGCUUUUUAAGGCUUGAAGUGCAGGCUUGACGUUGGGAGUAGGGAGGGGAAACGGAUUGGAAGGAAAAGGGGAAUUUUCAUCGAAGUGACGUGAACUGAAACCGGGGUUUGCCGUGCUUGUGGCGGGGAAUGGCUUGGCAAAUCCGCCUUCGUCUGUGGUCAAGGAUUCCCGAACCCUAUCCCUGUGAAGAUCACGGAUCAACCGAUUGUAAGAUCCCUUGUUUCCUCUGCAAAGUAGUUAUUCGUCCGACCGAAGCCCACAUCUGUCUCCGGAAGCCAACGAGAGUCCGGUAUUUUGUCUAUAGUACUAAGCUUUGGAUCCCAUUUUCAGAAUCGAUACCAAAUGGCGCAACAGGGCUCUCCAAACGCCGUAGCUACCACGCGCUUAUCUACUCAUCAUGGAAUCCCCACUCCUAAUCUAGGGCGAAGUUUGAUAGAGACCACUUGCAUGGACAUGGCAUUUCUAGCCUUAUAGCGUUGAUGAUAGAAGCCGGGGGAAAGGAAAAGAGAUU